UCACCACCAACAUUCCCGGUACUCCUAACUUUAUUUACACCAGGUGCCAUUUGGAAAUUACCAGACUGCCAUCAUCAGUGUCCAUUCCAUACACGUUUCAUAGCUUAAAACGAUGGAUACUUCUAGACCUGUAAAUGUUAAUGAGGCUGCACCGAAAUUGAAAAGCAGCAGUAAAGAGGUGGAUGAGAAUAUUGCACGGACUGGACCUGUGACAAGAAAAAAGACAGAGAUUAUUACGACGAACGAUGGGAACCGGAUUUUAUGCAUUGCAGACGUUCGAGGUGAACUGAGCCUAAUCAAUACACUCGCAAAAGAGGCACGAGCUGAUGUCGUUAUCCAUACUGGCGACUUUGGCUUUUUUGACGAUGCGUCGUUACCCACCAUUUCUGAACGAACGCUUCGUCACAUUGUUCAGUUUUCACCUUUGAUCAAACACUUACCUCGCACAAAAAACUUUGAUUACUACCCUUCUAAUCCUAUCAACACUUUGCGGAACAGCAUUGCUACCUACGGACAACCUCUCUUGUCUGAGCUUCCUCGCUUCCUUUCCGGCGAGCUCUCUUUUGAUGUGCCUGUGUAUAUCGUCUGGGGUGCUUGCGAAGAUGUGCAGGUGAUUGAAAAGUUUCGAUCCGGAAAGUAUUCCAUUCCUAACCUUCAUAUCGUUGACGAAGUGAACUCACAUCUUUUACAUGUGGGAGGCAUGAAAGUCCGUUUGUUUGGCUUGGGUGGACCUUAUGUUCCUUUCAAGCUUUUUGACAAUGGUGAAGGUAAGGGCACGAUUGCUGGUGCCCAGGGAAACAUGUGGACGACAGUGCUGCAAAUUGGUGAGCUGCUGGAGACCGCAAAGAGUGUUAUGGAUCGCGAAGAAACGAAAAUCCUAAUUACGCACCACCCCGUUGGACGCGAAGGCGUCCUUUCGCAGUUGGCAAACGCCUGUCAGGCUGAUAUCACUAUAUCCGCCGGCUUGCAUUUCCGCUACUGUGCUAGUUAUAAUGAGUUUUGUGUCAACAACAACCAGGAACACUACAUUCAAAAGCUGUCCGCUGCUCGUAGUCAAUUCCUUGACUUGUGGGAAACCGUCAAGCUUGAGGUUGAUCAAGUUGUUACACCCGCACAACGUCAACUUAUCAGCGGCGUUGUUCGUAUGGUUUCUCGGAUGCCUGAAGCUUUGAACGGCUUCGUGCCGAGUUACGUCUCUCCCGGGCUUUCUUUCAAAAACCUUUGGAACUUUAACCUCGUGGAUGCUACGCUCGGUUGGAUGGUGCUUGAAAUCAAAAACGGACACGUUCAGAUGGAGAGCAAGUCGCACGGAUUCAACUUCGGUUACCGGCGUUCUUCGUACCGUCGCCCAGACGGUGCUAAUGCUGCUCCUAUUGCCAAUGUCACCAAGCCUGCUACCUCUCAAGCUACCCCAGUGCAGGCUACCAAAGAGGAACAACCCGAAGACUCAACAGCCGUUGAGAGCGCGACCUCUGAGGAGAAGACAACAACAUCCGUCGAUCAGGGAACUGCGAAAGCGGAAACGGGUGCAGCUGUUGAAGGCGUAAAGGCGGAACAGCAGACGACGACGACCGAAGGCGAUGCCGAAACUGCUGCAGCACCUUCCCAUGCCGAGGAAAAAUACGAGGAGCAAAAAGAACCCACUACUGCUUCCACUACUGAACACAAACCACCUGUGCAGCAGCAGCAACAACAGCAACAACAAACUACCACGAGAACGGGAUCGCGCUCGUAUGGCGGUGAGCAGGAGCAACGGUUUGGCUUCCAUAUUGCUCCGUGCACAUCAGAGGAGCAAGUCCGUUCCAUGUUUACCGAGGGCUCUGACAGCCUCAUUACCCAUAUCCAAAUCCGUACGUCCAUGAACCGCUACAAGCAGCAGCACCUCCAGGGCUCCUCUGCCCCUGCCUCGUUAUAUGCAUAUGUGUACGUGGAGAACCAAGAGGCUGUGAAUAAGGCCCUGCCUAAAUUGAAGACUCCCGAGGGAGUCCGCGCUAACGUAUUGCGCGACGAACCCUAUUACCGUCAAGGAAAGCCCUGGUACCGCAAUAACCGUCUCGAUUCCCGUGGCGGUUUUCGUGGUACUCGUGGACGAGGCAGAGGAGGUCGUUAUGGCGGCCGUUCUCUUCCUCCUUCAAGCGGCAGAAUGGGUCCCGACAAUGGCAAUUACUCUGCCAAGUCUGAGGAGUCUCACUCCCAGCAGCCCUCUAAUGAAAUCACUCAUGAUGAUUCCCAACCUUCGUUUUCGUCAUCAAAAACCGCUCAUGCCUAAGUUCCUUUAAGCAAUUAUACUGUUUAAUAAAAUCAUGUCCGAAUGCAAACAAAUGUCGUGCCGUUUGGGGAUACAAGUCGGCAGCAAGGGCUGGGCGAAAUAUUUCUGCGCUUACUGCGCCCUCCGUUACCGGAAAUCGCAUUUCAUUCUCUGCAUCGUCUCGUCAUUUGUUCAUCUUAAUGUUCUUAUUCCUACUCUCUCUC